AUGCACCAGAAUCUGAUUGGAUGUCAAAACCAGGAAGUGGAGGAGCCACCAAUCCACUGAAUAAAAGGGUUUGACAGCAGACAGUGGACCCUUCUGGUUUUCCUGGAGUUGGGAUUUUUUAACCAUGGCCGCCUACAAACUGGUGCUGAUUCGCCACGGAGAGAGCAACUGGAACCAGGAAAAUCGGUUCUGCGGCUGGUUCGAUGCAGAUUUGAGCGCAACCGGAGAAAAGGAGGCGAGGAGAGGCGGACAGGCCCUGAAAGAUGCCGGCUUCGAGUUUGACAUUUGCUACACCUCCGUGCUGAAGCGCGCCAUCAGGACCCUGUGGCUGGUCUUGGACGGCAUUGACCAGAUGUGGGUGCCUGUGCACCGGACCUGGCGCCUCAACGAGCGCCACUACGGAGGUCUGACGGGGCUAAACAAGGCCGAGACCGCCGCCAAGCACGGAGAAGCUCAGGUGAAGAUCUGGAGGCGCUCGUUUGACAUCCCUCCUCCUCCCAUGGGCCCAGACCAUGACUACUACACUAUCAUCAGCAAGGAUCGUCGCUAUGCAGACCUGACAGAUGACCAGCUACCUUCCUGCGAGAGCCUUAAGGACACCAUCGCUCGGGCUCUGCCCUACUGGAACGACGAGAUCGCCCCUCAGAUUAAGAAGGGGAAGAAGGUGCUCAUCGCUGCCCAUGGAAACAGUCUGAGGGGGAUCGUCAAGCACCUGGAGGGAAUGUCAGAUGAAGCCAUCAUGGAGCUGAACCUGCCAACGGGCAUCCCCAUUCUCUAUGAGCUGGACAAGAACCUGAAACCCGUGAAGCCGAUGCAGUUCCUGGGAGAUGAGGAGACUGUACGCAAAGCCAUGGAGGCCGUUGCUGCUCAGGGAAAAGCCAAGAAAUAAAGAAACAGACCCCACCCUACCCCUAUGAAGGGAUAGGUUGUCCCCAACAACUGGCCUUGGAUUAGUGUGCUUCCUAAAGUCUUUGGGUUAUAAUAUGUGAUAAAUAUACUCUAGGUCGUUGUCAAAGGCAACUUCGCUCUACUUGCACAGUGCAGGGGAGCAGUAGAUGGAGAACAGCGGGGAUGUUUUAGAGCUAUGGGGGCCAAAGCUCUCAAGAGAUUGUACAUAAUUUUGAAAUCUAAUAUUAAAGUGGUAAAUUAAUAUUUAAGAAGGAAAUAUUGAACUGAAAUGAACACUUAUAUCAUCCUGAAUAUCUAACUAACAUCCCAUUUACUAAUGACAGAUGUGUUGGGUGUUCAUGUCCUAUUUUUGUCUGUCAAGCAGAAAAACGACUGAAAUCCUGCCUUUAAACACACAAGCGGUACAGUACGUGUUUUGAUGCUACACACACAUUCCAGGUUGGCAACAGAGUGUACACAAAUAGGGAAGGCCUCGAUUGCCUGUGCUUUGCUUUGUGUCCAUGUGCAUUUUUUUCAGAUGCACUGAUGUUGACCAGAAAGUUCCACUGCCCAUGAUGACCUUAUUGUGUGUUGUGGAAUAUUGGAUAAUAUAUAUAUAUCUCAGCAAAUAUGCACACAGUGUAUUUUGUUACUUUUCCAAGAAUUCACUUUGAAGCAUUCCACCAAUAAAGGGAGAAAUUUUGCAAUCUCUUGAGAGCAUGAUAACAGGACAGUCCUUUUCUCUUACUGUGUCUGUGUACGUCCAGUCUUUCUUCUUGUUGCUGUUGUUGUUGUUGCCGUCUCUGUUGUGUCUGACUUUUAGUAUUUUUCUCUUCAUGUUUUAAAUGGGGCCAAAUGCUGCAUUGUUAUUAAUUUUGCACUGUAUGUGUGUGUGAUCAAUCCACGGUUUGGAUUACGAUAGCAUGAUAACAGUGCAAAGCUGAAAAAUGUCAACGUUCAUCAAAUACAUUCCUUGCUGUCUUUGACCCAUCUUUGCCUGUAAGUGUCAUAGUAUUUACAGUAUGUGCCUCCUGUUCUUUUUGCUACUGUUUCCUUUUCCCACUGCAGGCCUGCCAGGCCUUAUAAAGCAGCAGUGGUGUUAUAGGCAGUGUGUGAAAGGAAUAUCCCACUAUGUCUUACAGUAUUGUGGUUUCGCAUCAUUUUCCCUCUGUGUUGGGUAAAUGUACUCUAAAAGCUCUGAUCUAAUAAAUGUAGAAUUAUGAGCAAAAAUA